AUGCUCCCUACACCCUGCACCUCCCACGUCUCCUUUGACACCAUAUACGAACCCUCCGAAGACUCCUACCUCUUUCUCGACACGCUCUCCUCUCCUUCCGAGUCAUCAUGGCUCUCCCACCGCUUCAACAACAACCACCUCGCCGAUGAACACGAACCCAGCGGCCGUCCCCAAGAGACAUCACCCGCCCCGCUAGUCGUGGAAGUCGGCACCGGGUCCGGCGUCGUCCUCGGCUUCGUGGCAGCAAACUCACUCGAGAUCUUCGGUCGUCGCGAUGUUCUCACCCUCGGUGUAGACGUGAAUCGGAACGCAUGUGUCGCGACGCAAGAAACAGUACAGAAAGCCAUUUGCGAACGACAGUCUCCCAACACAGAUAAUAAUACCUCCAUCCCCGGUCCCCGUCCCCGUCCCCGUCCGCAAACCGUCUACUUGUCCUCCGUAAUUGGCGAUCUGACCAGUUCGAUACGUCCGCGCAGCGUCGAUGUCCUACUGUUUAAUCCGCCGUAUGUCCCGACUGAGGAGCUACCACGAGUGCCUUCUGCGACGGAGGAGGGGGAGGAAGAGACGGAUUUGGCUUCGUUGACAAGGGCAGAGAAAUUCGAGCGCGAGUCGUAUUUCCUGUCGUUGACAUAUGCCGGGGGUAAGGAUGGUAUGGAGACGACUGAUAGGCUGAUCGGGGAGAUCGCCACGUUGUUGGACCCCCUGCGUGGAGUGGCGUAUGUGCUGCUUUGUGCGCAGAAUCGGCCGGAUCAAGUCAAGCAGAGGAUUCGUGAUUGGGGACAUGGUUGGCGCGCCGAGUCCGUGGGGAAUAGUGGGAUGCAGGCGGGGUGGGAGAAGUUGGUUAUUGUGAGGAUUUGGAGGGACUUAACUGGUGAUAUAUAG